UAGCUGUCUGUCCCACACAGGAAUUUUGCAUUUAUCUGAAUGAAUACAAAUUAAAGUUGUUUUCCUUUUCCGAGGAAAAAAGGGGUUAAAUUUUCAGUCUUCGUUGCUCUCUUCUUAUGCUGAAAGACAGACUCCCAUUUCUGGUUAUGUGUGUAUAGAUCGGAGAUGCUUCACAACUCUGGUGUACUCUGCUAUCUUGGGAUGUCCAAAACAAAACUCUGUGUCCUUCUGGGCUGCUUCUUCUUGUCUUCAGCGCUUGUUGGAGCACAAAGUUCCAAAACUUAUCCAGAUGAAGUGAGCGCAUUGCGAACCAUUAAGAGAAGUUUGACAGAUCCCAAUAAAAGUUUGACUAGUUGGAAUCGAGGAGAUCCAUGCACAUCCAAUUGGACUGGAGUUUCAUGCUCUAAUACACCCCUAGAUGAUGGCUAUCUGCAUGUCAUAGAAUUGCUACUACUGAAGAUGAAUCUUUCAGGAACUUUAUCACCAGCACUUGGCCGCUUGUCUCAUCUAUUGAUAUUGGAUUUUAUGUGGAACAAAAUUAGUGGGAUUAUACCAAAAGAGAUUGGCAAUAUCACAACCUUGGAGCUCUUGCUCCUGAAUGGGAACCAACUGACAGGUUCCUUGCCUGAUGAGCUUGGCUAUCUGCCAAAUCUAGACAGGAUUCAAAUUGACGAGAAUAACAUAUCUGGACCAAUACCGACAUCAUUUGCAAACUUAAACAAAACAAAGCAUUUUCACAUGAAUAACAAUUCAAUUAGCGGACAAAUCCCCCCGGAGCUCUCCAAAUUACCAAACCUUGAACACAUCCUUCUUGACAAUAACAAUUUAUCAGGGUAUCUUCCACAAGAGCUUGCCCAAAUGCCAAAUUUAACCAUCCUUCAACUUGACAAUAACAACUUUGAUGGGGCUACUAUUCCUGGAUCAUUUGGAAACAUACCUACAUUAUUGAAGUUGAGUCUCAGGAACUGCAAGUUGCGAGGAUUAGUACCUAACUUAAGCGGAAUACCCAACCUUGGUUAUUUGCUUAAAGGGAAUCCUAUAUGCUUGAGCGGAAGUUUAGUUCAGUUCUGUAAAUCUCAAACUGAGAAUGAAACUAGAAUAAGCACUGCAACAAACUCCCCCACCAUUGAGUGUAAACCACAAUCAUGCCCUUUUGAGUAUUCCCUAACAUCUCCUUUAGAUUGCUUUUGUGCCGAGCCUUUGCUAAUAGGAUUUCGGUUGAAAAGUCCUGGCUUUUCAAAUUUUAUUCCAUAUAAAAAAAUGUUUGAGGGGUACUUGACUGAACAUCUCAGCUUGUUUGUUUAUCAACUCUAUAUCUAUUCAUUUGCUUGGCAAGAAGGACCACGACUGGGAAUGUACUUAAAGCUCUAUCCUAUCUAUGAUAACACUACCAACACUCAUUUAUUCAAUCAAAGUGAGAUUCAACGAAUCAAGAGCAUAUUCACCAGAUGGAAGAUCCCUCUUAAUGACAUAUUUGGACCUGUAGAACUUAUAAACUUCACUUUGUCAAAUGUUUAUAAGGAUGAGUCCAGCCUUUCUUUAUCAACAGGCAUAAGUAAAGGAACAUUGGCCGGCAUUAUACUAGGGACCUUUGUUGGUGCAGUUACAUUAUCUGCAAUCAUUUCACUUAUUAUAUUCAAAAGGCGCCUGAGGGACUAUCAUGCAGGUUCAAAACAACGUCAAACAUCUAGAGCCUUGUUAAAAAUUGAUGGUGUCAAGAGUUUCACAUAUGGAGAGCUGGCUUCGGCAACAAACAAUUUUGAUAUCUUUGCUCAAAUUGGCCAAGGUGGAUACGGAAAGGUUUAUAGAGGCACUUUAGCUAAUGGCACGAUUGUGGCUAUAAAGCGUGCACAAGAAGGGUCAUUACAGGGUGAAAAGGAGUUUCUAACUGAAAUACAAUUGUUGUCAAGGUUACAUCAUCGAAACCUUGUUUCUUUGGUUGGUUAUUGUGAUGAUGAAGGUGAACAGAUGUUAGUGUAUGAAUAUAUGUCUAAUGGCACUUUGCGAGAUCAUCUUUCAGGAAAGAUUAAAGAACCUCUGAGUUUUGCAAGGAGGUUGAGAAUAGCUCUUGGUUCAUCCAAGGGAAUCCUCUACCUACACACAGAAGCUGAUCCUCCUAUAUUUCAUCGAGAUAUCAAAGCCAGCAACAUAUUAUUGGAUUCUAAAUUUGUCGCAAAGGUUGCUGAUUUUGGACUUUCACGACUUGCUUCAAUGCCUGAUAUUGAAGGUGCAGCACCUACUCAUGUGUCUACUGUUGUAAAAGGGACUCCAGGUUACGUUGAUCCAGAAUAUUUCCUAACGCAAAAGUUGACAGACAAGAGUGAUGUAUAUAGCCUUGGUGUUGUGUUUUUAGAGCUUUUAACAGGGAUGCAACCAAUUUCACGUGGCAAAAACCUUGUUCGAGAGGUUAACAUUGCAUAUCAAUCUGGUAUAAUAUUCUCGGUUAUUGAUGGGAGAAUGGGUUCAUAUCCUUAUGAAUGUGUGGAGAAGUUUGUGAAUUUGGCCAUGGAAUGUUGCCAAGAUGAGACAGAUUCAAGACCUUCGAUGGCAGAAGUGGUCCAAACUCUGGAAACUAUAGGGUUGAUGACGCCAGGGUACUCCAACCCCUUGGUAGCAGAAUCCAUGGAAGGUGACCCAAGAAAGACAUCUACUACUCCACCUUCGUCAUCCUCUAUGGUGAAGAAUCUGUACACAUCCUCAUAUGUUUCCGGUAGUGACCUUAUUAGUGGAGCAACUCCCACCAUCACGCCUAGAUAAGAUAAGACCGUACAACACAACUUGUUCCUGCUCUGAUAAGUCUCUAACUCUUACUAUUGUUGUAUAUUUGUAUUGGUUUCCUCAUUUCUACUACUGUAUAGUUAGUUUUUCACACCAUUAAGCCACAUCAUUCAUCAUUUGCGUAAAAUACAAAAAU